CGCCCGGAAGGGGCGGGACUAGAUGUCAAAAGCAGCCAAUGGGCGCCCCGGGAGACGAAGCUUCCAAGAGAGCGGAGGCGCGAACGGAACUCCACCGCGGAUCUGAGACUUGGAGAAGCGCUGCGCAUCCAUGGAGCAAGCGGUGGGCGCGAGAACUUGCUAAGGCCAUCAGGCCCAUUGAUGGGAAGUCAAUCCAUCAGAUUUGUUCUGGCCAGGUGGUACUCAGCUUAAGCACUGCUGUGAAGGAGUUGAUAGAAAAUAGUGUGGAUGCUGGUGCUACUAGUAUUGAUCUAAGGCUUAAAGAGUAUGGGGUGGACCUCAUUGAAGUUUCAGACAAUGGAUGUGGGGUAGAAGAAGAAAACUUUGAAGGUCUAGCUCUGAAACACCACACUUCUAAGAUUCGAGAGUUUGCCGACCUCACUCAGGUUGAAACUUUCGGCUUCCGGGGGGAAGCUCUGAGCUCCCUGUGUGCACUGAGUGAUGUCACUAUAUCUACCUGCCAUGCAUCUGCAAGCAUUGGGACUCGGCUGACGCUAGACCACAAUGGGAAGAUCAUCCAGAAAGCUCCCUACCCCCGACCCAAAGGGACUACAGUCAGCGUGCAGCACUUAUUUUAUACACUUCCUGUGCGCCACAAAGAAUUUCAAAGGAAUAUUAAAAAGGAGUAUGCGAAAAUGGUGCAGGUCUUACAGGCAUACUGUAUCAUUUCAGCAGGCAUCCGUGUAAGUUGCACUAAUCAACUUGGACAAGGAAAACGGCAACCUGUGGUGUGCACAAACGGAAGUUCAGGCAUGAAGGAAAAUAUUUCCUCUGUAUUUGGCCAGAAGCAGUUGCAAAGCCUCAUUCCUUUUGUUCAGCUGCCCCCUAGUGACUCUGUUUGUGAGGAGUACGGCCUGAGCUGCUCCACUCUGCAGAACCCUUUCUGCAUUUCAGGCUUCAUUUCUCACUGCACUCACGGCGCUGGGAGGAGUUCCACAGACAGGCAGUUCUUGUUCAUCAAUCGGCGGCCCUGUGACCCAGCAAAGGUCUCUAAAGUUAUUAAUGAGGUUUAUCACAUGUAUAAUCGUCAUCAGUAUCCAUUUGUUGUUCUUAACAUUUCUGUUGAUUCAGAACGUGUUGAUAUUAAUGUGACUCCAGAUAAAAGGCAAAUUUUACUACAGGAGGAGAAGCUUUUGCUGGCAGUCUUAAAGACCUCCCUGAUGAGAAUGUUCGACGGUGAUGCAAACAAGCUCAGUGUCAGCCAGCAGCCGCUGCUGGGCGUUGAAGGUAACUUAGUAAAGAUGCAUGGAGCAGAAGUAGAAAAGCUGGUGUCGGGAAAGCAAGAUAACGCUCCUUUACUGAAGACCACAGCAGAUGAGAAAAGGGGCGCAUCCAUUUCCAGGCUGAGAGAGGCCUUUUCUCUUCAUCCUACCACAGAGAUCAAGUCUUGGGGCCCAGAGUCUCCUGAGCUGAAAAAGAGUUAUCCAAGUCAGAAAAGAGGUGUAUCGCCUUCUUGUCCUUCAGACGGCCUGCGUGGGUCCCAGGACAGUUUGGUGAGUCCCGAGGAAAGUCCUGGUGACUAUAUGGACAGAAUGAAAAUAGAAAAAGACUCAGGGUGCAGCAGCACCUCAGCCGGCUCUGAGGAAGGGUUCAGCACCCCAGAAGUGGCCAGUGGCUUUAGCAGUGACUACACAGUGAGUUCUCCAGAGGGCAGAGCUUCACAGGAAAACACAGACUGUGCUGGGCAGCUCCUUGAAGCGGACUGCCAUCUUUCAGGUACAGGACAUCAUUUGAAGCAAGAAGACAGCGGAUACAGAUGUAAAGCUUUGCCUCCACCCCCUCACCUCUCACCCUCAAACGCUAAGCGCUUCAAGACAGAAGAAAGAUCAUCAAAUACUGACAGUCCUCAAAAGUUGCCUGCCACUCCCAACACCUCAGCAGCCCAGGUUGACGUCGCUGUGAAAAUCAGUAAGAAAAUAGUGCUCCUUGACUUUUCUAUGAGUUCUUUAGCUGCACGAAUGAAGCAGCUACGGCACCUAAAGCACCAGAGUGAAAGUGAACAGACUUACAGGAAAUUUAGGGCCAAGAUUUGCCCUGGAGAAAACCAAGCAGCAGAAGAUGAGCUCAGGAAAGAGAUUAGUAAAUCGAUGUUUGCAGAGAUGGAGAUCUUGGGUCAGUUUAACCUGGGAUUUAUAGUAACCAAACUGAAGGAAGACCUCUUCCUGGUGGACCAGCACGCUGCAGACGAGAAGUACAACUUUGAGAUGCUGCAGCAGCACACUGUGCUCCAGGCGCAGAGGCUCAUCACGCCCCAGACUCUGAACUUAACUGCUGUUAAUGAAGCUGUGCUGAUAGAAAAUCUGGAAAUAUUCAGAAAGAAUGGCUUUGAUUUUGUCAUUGAUGAGGAUGCUCCAGUCACUGAAAGGGCAAAAUUGAUUUCCUUGCCAACUAGUAAAAACUGGACCUUUGGACCCCAAGACAUAGAUGAACUGAUCUUUAUGCUAAGUGACAGCCCCGGGGUCAUGUGCCGGCCCUCGAGAGUCAGGCAGAUGUUUGCUUCCCGCGCCUGUCGGAAGUCUGUCAUGAUUGGAACUGCUCUCAAUACAAGCGAGAUGAAGAAGCUUGUCACCCACAUGGGUGAGAUGGACCACCCCUGGAACUGCCCCCAUGGACGGCCAACCAUGAGGCACAUUGCAAAUCUGGAUGUCAUCUCUCAAAACUGAUACUGACUGUAGGAUAAAGUUUAUUGCAGAUUUUUCUGUUUUGGAAAGACAGCAUUUUAAGUAACCUGUUUAUCAUUGUUCAAAAAUUAACAUGCUUUAAAGUACCAAAUCCAUUUAAAAACAACUUUAAGUCAGGCAUGGUGGCACGCGCGUCUAGCCCAGCUGCUUGGGAGACACAGGUGGGAAGCUCACUUGAGCCCAAGAGUUUUAAGAUCACCGAUUUAAAAAAAAAA